AUGAUUUACGUGCUUACUUUCAGCUUUGGUACGGGACCGGCUGGUCUUCUUUCGCCCCUGCAUCUGGACAGCCAUCGCAGACACGGUGGUAACCCAGAAUUUGCACGGCAUGUCUACAUCAAAGAGGAGACGGAUCCACUCGAUACAGCAUCGCAUCAUCUCCUAAUGCAACAGCAGCUUCCGCUAUCAUCACAGCAGCAACAACAACAGCAAGAGUUGGAACGAAUUGCACAGGCUGAAACACCACCUGCCGUUAGCAACGUUGAGUUGGCUUCAACAAUGAUUGCCAGUUUAAUUGGAGAGCAGCGUACUUCCUCUCCUUCACCACAAAAUUACUCUGUAUGCGUUCCGCAGUCAUCAACAUCGAUGAUGCAACAUCGAAUAGCAAAUAUCAAGCGAGAUACAGAAGACUCUCUUGAGGGUCGCUCUAAUGGAGAUGAUGCUGAGCUUGAAAUGCAAAGGCAACAGUAUUCUCAAAAGGGUGCGUUUCAUUCAGUGCGAACAACUAGGGGAAAAUCCUGUUCUUUUUAUUUGUUCAAACUUAAACUCAAAAUUUGUUUGAUUCUAAAGAACGAAGAAAUUGAAGCAUCAAAAGUACUCAAACUUAUAAUUUAUGUCUAACC